UGGCAAAAUAUCAAAGUCGUCUACAUUCACUGUUACAGAUAUUAAUCCAUCGGCGACGAGAAAAAGGAGGGCUCAAGUCUCGUUUAGCGAGUUGUCACCGACUCGUCGCCUCUCUAACUCACCCGUGUUCAACAAGGCGAGUCAGCCGAGUCAGAGUGGCUUGUGUUUUACGUCCUGAGAUGCUAUGAGAUUUGAAACAAAUGAUGUCGUUCUAGCUCUAUUGUUGUCAACUUGUCAUCGAGUUUUUGCGGAAGCAUAGGCGAAUAGUGAAAAUGGAUCGGGCGACGAUUACUGGCGGGCCUGGUAUGGACAUGCCGAUUAUGCACGACAGCGACCGGUAUGACUUAGUUCGCGAUAUCGGCGCGGGAAAUUUCGGUGUAGCGAGGCUCAUGAGAGACAAGGUUACCAAGGAGCUUGUUGCUGUAAAGUAUAUCGAGAGAGGCGAUAAGAUAGAUGAAAAUGUUCGAAGAGAAAUCAUUAAUCACAGGUCUUUAAGGCACCCAAAUAUAGUUAGAUUUAAAGAGGUCAUUUUAACACCUACCCACUUGGCCAUAGUCAUGGAAUAUGCAUCUGGGGGAGAGCUUUUUGAGCGAAUAUGCAAUGCUGUGCGCUUCAGUGAGGAUGAGGCUCGUUUUUUCUUUCAACAACUUAUAUCUGGAGUCAGCUAUUGCCAUGCAAUGCAAGUAUGUCACCGGGAUUUAAAGCUGGAAAACACGUUGUUGGAUGGAAGUGUAGCUCCUCGGUUGAAGAUUUGUGAUUUUGGGUACUCCAAGUCUUCAUUGCUUCAUUCGCAACCAAAAUCUACUGUGGGAACUCCUGCAUACAUUGCUCCAGAAGUAUUAUUGAGACAGGAGUAUGAUGGCAAGAUUGCAGAUGUGUGGUCAUGUGGAGUGACCUUAUAUGUGAUGCUUGUGGGAUCAUAUCCUUUCGAGGAUCCUGAUGAACCGAAGGACUUCCGGAAGACAAUACAAAGAAUUCUCAGCGUCCAGUAUUCCAUUCCAGAAUGUGUUCAAAUAUCUGAGGAGUGUCGCCAACUGAUUUCAAGGAUUUUUGUUGCUGAUCCUGCUGCUAGAAUUACCAUGCCUGAAAUCAAGAACCAUGUGUGGUUUCUGAGGAAUCUUCCGGCAGACUUAAUGGAUGAAUAUAUGAUGGGUAACCACUUUCAAGAGCCUGAUCAACCCAUGCAGAGCAUUGAUUUAAUCAUGCAGAUUGUUGCAGAGGCUACCAUACCGGCAGCUGGAACCCAUGCUCUUGACCAUUAUCUUGACAUGGAUGAUGACAUGGACGACUUUGAUUCUGAAUCUGAGCUGGAUGUGGACAGCAGCGGGGAGAUAGUAUAUGCAUUGUGAUGCAACAUAAGUUGUCUGCAAGACAGUGUUAGUAUCUUGGGGAUAUGAAUCUUUGUAGAUCACAGGACGUGUGUGGAAUAUCGGGCAGAUUACAUCAUUGCAUCAUUCACAACCUCACAAAGAGCAGUAUGCCAGUAUAUGCUCCUUGAAUAUGUGGUGUUCACAGUUUGCAGGAUUUAUUCCCUAGCACAGAGGGAUUUGUUUAAUGAUUAAUGUGGGCAGGUGGUAGAAACUUGGGUGUAAUGCAUAUUCCCUUGAACCUUAUUUAUGUAUAAUUUGUUGAAUUAGUUGUGUCCUCUCACUCUCAGUGUUUAUUGGUCUGGUUGGACAAGCAUGUAUGUAUAAUAUAUCAGACUUCAGGUUCUGUAAGUUUCUCCUGAAGAUUUAUGGAGGUUCUGCCUGAACUCCUUUUUUUUCUCAAGGUGACGAAGGGUCUUGAAAUGUAUCAUACAUUAAAAAAAAGAAGUUAUGACAGCCACUAUUUAGGAUUUCAAA